UUUCACAGUUGCAUAGCCCAGCUUUAUUUCUUCCACUUCCUGGGGAGCAGCGAGUAUUUCCUCUACACAGUCAUGGCCUAUGACCGCUACCUGGCCAUCGGUUACCCGCUCAGGUACACCAGCAUGAUGAGUGGGAGAACAUGUACCCUCCUGGCCACUAGCACUUGGCUCAGUGGGUCUCUGCACUGUGCUGUGCAGACCACAUUGACCUUCCAUUUGUCCUACUGUGGGCCCAACCAGAUCCAGCACUACUUCUGUGAUGCACCACCCAUCCUCAAGCUGGCCUGUGCAGACACCUCGGCCAACGAGAUGGUCAUCUUUGUCAACAUUGGUGUGGUGGCCUCAGGCUGCUUUGUCCUGAUAGUGCUGUCCUAUGUGUCCAUCGCCUGCUCCAUCCUGAGGAUCCACACCUCAGAGGGGAGACACAGGGCCUCCCAGACCUUUGCCUCCCACUGUAUCGUGGUUCUUUGUUUCUUUGUCCCGUGUGUUUUCAUUUACCUGAGGCCAGGCUCCAAG